AUGGAAUGUGGAGGCGAAGACCUUGAUUCCCCUCGUCGAGGGACAGAGUGGAGAUGGGAUGAUCUGUUCAUUUGGAGGGACGGGGUGAGCACUAGGGUUACCAGUGAUGGAGGGGAGAAUACGUUUAAUAAAAUUAUGGAGGACAAGUAUUCGUUGUGGUUCUCGCCGGAUGGGGAGUAUCUCGCGUUCUUGAGGUAUAAUGAGACAGGAAUACCAGCAUCUAUUCUCCCGCGCUACAUGGCCGGCCAAGAGGUUGCACCACCUCACCCUGAUGAGAAAAUUUUUAAGUAUACUAAACCUGGGGACAAACUCCCAAUCGUUACCUUUCAUCUGCUCGAGGUCAAUAACCCAUCUGUUGCGAGGAAGGUUGACAUUCAGACUUAUACCCAGAUAAUAUGGUCAUUACCGAGCGGGAAUUCUAGGGUUGUGAGGGGCAGGAACGCCACAGAUGGGUGGUUGGAUAGAUUCCUGGCUAAAUUAUUUUGGUUAGACGUCCCCGGACUUUCUACUCCCUCGUAUCUGGAUAUCCUGGAUCAUUCCGGUUGGGCCCAUAUUUACCUCUACCCAGUGGCUGGUGGUGAACCAAUUGCGUUGACCUCUGGGAAUUGGGAAGUCACGACGAUCUACUCAAUCGACAUAAAGCGUGGUCUGGUUUAUUACCAAUCCACCGAGCGUGAUUCUACAGAACGCCACAUCUUUUCUGUGAGUCUCGACGGCAAGACCAAAAAUUCGCUCGUAGACAUCACCAAGGAAGGGUAUUACGAUGCUAGCUUCUUCCCCGGAGGGGGGUACUACAUCCUUAGCUAUCGCGGGCCGAACCUGCCAUGGCAAGAACUUCGCAGCACAAGUCCCGAUACACCGAUCCGGGUGAUAGACGACAACGCCUCCCUUAAGAAAAAACUUUCCGAAUAUGAUCUUCCUAAAAUCUCCUGGUCGACACUCAAGCACCCAGAUGGAUAUGAGCUCAAUUUCAUGGAGCGUCUGCCGCCAAAGUUCCGUAAGGGGGUGAAGUACCCGGUCCUAUUUUAUAUAUAUGGUGGUCCGGGUUCGCAAGAAACGGCGAAGACCUUCCGCCAGACGAUCGACAUUUACUCAUACUUGGGAUCGGAUCCUGAGUUGGAGUAUAUAGUGGUAACGGUGGACAAUCGUGGGACAGGGUUUAAAGGACGGAAGUUCCGUUCCCUGGUUACCGGUCAGCUGGGAAAAUUGGAGGCGGAAGAUCAGAUUGCAAUUUGGGGGUGGAGCUACGGCGGGUACCUUACCGGUAAAGUCCUCGAAUUAGAUUCAGGGGUAUUCUCUUUAGGCAUUAUGACGGCUCCAGUGACCGAUUAGCCCUUCUACGAUAGCACGUACACUGAACGCUACAUGAAACUUCCAACCACAAACCCCGCAGGCUACAAUACUUCGGCGAUAACAAAAACUGCAGGAUUCAAGAAUGUUGCCGGUAGCUUCCUCAUCCAGCACGGAACUGGUAACAACAAUGUGUAUUUCCAGCACGCGGCUGUGCUUGCCGAUGCCCUGGUUCGUGAGGGCGUGAGUACUGAGAAGAUGCGCGUGCAGUGGUUCACUGAUUCGGGUCAUCAGCUCGAGUUCCAUAACGCCAUGCUCUUUUCUUACAAGCAGUUGGCCAAGUCGCUGUAUGAUGAGAAGAGAAGGAUACCUGAUAGGAAGCAUCAAUGGAGUCGUAGGGGGGUUGAGAGGGGAUGAUAAGUGUUGGUAAUAGGAGGGUGGUUAUCUAGAUUAUUUUUUUGUUAAAUGUACCGAGGGUUAAGGAGGGGGAUAGUACCUACUGCCAGGUGUUUAGUGGCCACGGAGGCAGGGUAGAGGGAGCGUCGGUGGAAUGGAGGACGAAGUAGACUAAUUUGUACAAGAAAUUCACCUACCGAA